UUCAGCCCUGCUCACCACCUGCGUUCGUGCGCGCUGGCAGGACGCAGGUCCUGUGAGGAUCGCCCAAUCAUCGAUCCCCAACGUCACCUGUGGGGCAGGGAGCAGGGGGCGCGCCCCAUGACCUAGGGGCGAGGCCGGGGCGGGGCUCCCAUGGAGUGAGGAAGCGGCGUCACCAACCCAAAUAACAACACCCCCCAGCAGCAGCAAUAGCUGCUGCCGCGUCGGCGCCGCCAGGUUGGAUCCUUAAGCAGGAGCGAGAAGGCGCCGCCGCCGCCAUGAAGCUCCGCGCCCGGCUGCAGAAGCAGACGGCUCCGCUCGAGGUGGGGGGGGCGGAGCCAACGCUGGGGGAGCUGCGCGCGCACCUGUGCCAGGCCGUGCUGCCCGCGUGGGGGUACAGUUCUGAUACCCAGUUUGCAAUAACAUUGAACAACAAAGAUGCCCUUACUGAAGACCAGGAGACCCUGGCUUCAUAUGGAAUCGUUUCAGGGGAUUUGAUAUGUUUGUUACUGGAAGAGACCAAUGCAGCACCCAGCCUAUCUCCACACUCGUCUUCACCUCCUCCCCAGCUCCAGAAUAAUCAUGAACCGUCCACCUUGAACAUCAGCCAAGGUCAGAUCAGCAGUUCAGAAGAAAACAGGCAGAAUGGACCAUCUGAAGACCAUAAAGCUCCAAGCGAAGAUGAGAAGAAUGAUGAUAUUGAUAUGGCAGGACCCAGCCUAGAGUUUGCCUCUGGGCUAGUCCCAGAUGAUGUGGAACUGGAGGAAGGCACCGGUUCCUAUCCCUCUGAACCAAUGCUGUGCAGUGAAGCUGUGGACGGGGAAGUGCCACAUUCCUUGGAGACUCUCUACCAUUCUGCUGAAUGUACCAGUGCUAUUGAUGCCUUGAUUGUUCUGGUACAUGUUCUCAUGAUGGAGACAGGAUAUGUACCUCAGGGAACUGAAGCAAAAGCAGUGUCGAUGCCUGAGAAAUGGAGAGCCGGUGGUGUCUAUAAACUACAGUACACUCACCCAUUAUGUGAAGAUGGCUCUGCUGGUUUGACUUGUGUGCCUUUGGGAGAUCUUAUUGUCAUAAAUGCAACUUUAAAAAUCAACAAAGAAAUUAAAAGUGUGAAGAGAAUACAGCUGUUGCCAUCAUCAUUCAUUUGCUUUCAGGAACCAGGAAAUGCUGCAGGGGUAUACAGAGAUCUUCAGAAACUAUCCCGCCUCUUUAAAGACCAGCUGGUGUACCCUCUUCUGGCUGCUGCCCGACAAGCUUUGAACCUGCCAGAUGUGUUUGGCUUAGUGGUCCUUCCUCUUGAGCUGAAGCUACGGAUUUUCAGACUGCUAGACAUCCGUACUCUCAUCUCUCUGUCUGCUGUUUGCCGUGACCUCUACACAGCUUCAAAUGACCAGCUUUUGUGGAGAUUUAUAUACCUGCGGGAUUUCCGAGAUCCUAUUGCCAGGCCUCGUGACACAGACUGGAAAGAACUUUACAAGAAGAAACUAAAGCAGAAAAAGGAAGCCCUGAGAUGGCGGCACAUGAUGUUUCUGCCUCCUCCACCACAUCCUAUCCCGUUCCACCCCAGCCCCUUCUAUCCUAACCCCUUCCCUCCCAACCCUUUCUCCCCUAACCCUAUCUACCCUCCAAUGAUCAUUGGUGGUGAAUAUGACCAGAGACCAACGCUUCCGUAUAUUGGAGACCCAAUUAACUCACUCAUUCCUGGCACAGGGGAGGCGCCGGGCCGGUUUCCUCCAUUCAGACCACGUUUUGAUCCAGUCGGGUUGCUGCCAGCGCCAAAUCCAACACUUCCAGGACGAGCGGGUCCCAAUGACAGAUUUCCCCCUAGACCCACCCGAGGCCGCCCGAUGGACAUUCGUCGCACAUUCAUGUGACUGCCACUUCUUUUUUUUUGAUGGGUUUUUAAAUUUUAGUUCCUGAGCUUGCUUUCUAGCUGCAGGAGAUCUCUACAAUUAUGGUGAGAUUGUGUGUGCACAAUGGUGUCUUGACCACAACAGCUGAUUCACUUCAAGAUCUCUGUAGGAAGUUAUGCUGCACCACCUAGAACUGCCGGCUGUUUCACAAAGAGCUCUGACUUGGGACAGUUUGUGCUGCUGUUUUCUUCUCGCUCUCUAACCAUCUGUGAAGUGCUGCUUAGAGACCAGAAGCCUGCCAGCCUAAUGUUUGCUGCAUCAGAUAAAGAACACUUACUUGAAGCACAAA